CCGAGCGGUCCCGGGGGGUGGGCGAGCGCGGGCUCUGGGCGGGACCCUGGCGGGGACCCCAAGCGGUCUCUAGGACCCGCGGGACGCCGCUGGCGGGCGGGGUGCGGGGGAGACCCUAAUUUGUUCCGUGGUAAUGAGACGGUGACUGUUGGCCGUGGCUCCAUUUCACAGGCCUGCCCUCCCUCACUAACGAGCCUCCUCGUCCCCGGGCCAACUCGGACAGCUUGCGCCUUGACUGCAACGGUCAAGGCCGGCUGGUGCCAGCACAGCGCGCGCGCGCACACGCGGGGGGCGGGGGGGGGAACUUUUUUCAAAAAAUGAAAGCCUAGACUCGCUCGUCGGCUGCGCGGGCGCCGCGCGAGGGUGUCGGAGCGGACUCCGCGCGGCAGGAAAUCCCUCGGGGCGCGACGUCCGGCCCCCCGCUUGGCGCCCGCGUGGGAUGGUGCGCGCUCGCGGCCGGGCCCCGAGAGCUGCAGCACCGAAGGCCGGCGACCAUGGCAGCGCGCCCGCCGCCCGCGCCCCCCGCCCGCGCCCUCCUGCUCGCCCUGGCCGGGGUCCUGCUGGCGUCUCGCGCGGCCCGAGGGGUGAACUUGGGAAGCCACUCCACUCCUUUCAUGCGACAGGCCCGAACGAGGGACCAGGGAGGAGCCUAUGAAGUGGUCAGUGCCUCCCUUUUGAACGGAGACCUCUGGGACCCAACCAAGAGCAUCAACUCAAAGAAUCAUCCAGAAGUGUUGAAUUUUCAAAUACAACUGGAAAGCAAAGAACUGACCAUAAAUCUGGAGAGAAACGGAGGUCUCAUUGCUAGCGGUUUCACAGAAACCCAUUAUCUGCAGGAUGGCACUGAUGUGUCCCUCACUCGAAAUCACACGGGUCACUGUUACUACCACGGACACGUGCAAGGAUACCCUGGCUCGAUGGUCAGCCUCAGCACUUGUUCUGGCCUCAGGGGACUUAUUACUUUUGAAAAUAAAACCUAUGUCUUGGAACCAAUGAAAAAUGUAACCAACAGAUACAAACUCUUCCCGGCGGAUACCCUGAAGGGCAUCUGGGGACCGUGCGGAGCACAUCACAACGCCUCCGGCCUCACUGCAGACAGCAGGCUCCCACCAGCCUCCCGGACGCGGGUGACAAGGCAUAAACGGGAGACGCUCAAGAUGACCAAGUACGUAGAACUGGUUAUUGUAGCAGACAACCGAGAGUUUCAGAGGCAAGGAAAAGAUCUGGAAAAAGUUAAGCAGCGAUUAAUAGAGAUCGCUAAUCACGUUGACAAGUUUUACAGACCACUGAACAUCCGAAUAGUGUUGGUCGGCGUGGAGGUGUGGAAUGACAUCGACAAAUGCUCUAUCAGCCAGGACCCAUUCACAACCCUCCAUGAGUUUCUGGACUGGAGAAAGAUGAAGCUUCUACCUCGCAAAUCCCAUGACAACGCACAGCUUAUCAGUGGAGUUUAUUUCCAAGGGACCACCAUCGGCAUGGCGCCGAUCAUGAGCAUGUGCACGGCGGAACAGUCCGGAGGAAUCGUCAUGGACCAUUCAGACAGCCCCCUUGGCGCGGCUGUGACCCUGGCACAUGAGCUGGGCCACAAUUUCGGGAUGAACCACGACACGCUGGAGAGGGGCUGUAGCUGCAAAAUGGCUGCCGAUAAAGGAGGCUGCAUCAUGAACCCUUCAACCGGGUACCCGUUCCCCGUGGUGUUCAGCAGCUGCAGCAGGAAGGACCUGGAGGCCAGCCUGGAGAAAGGCAUGGGGAUGUGUCUCUUCAACCUGCCGGAAGUCAAGCAGUCUUUCGGGGGCCGGAAGUGUGGGAACGGAUAUGUGGAGGAAGGAGAAGAGUGUGACUGCGGGGAGCCGGAGGAAUGUACGAGUCUCUGCUGCAAUGCCAGCACCUGUACCCUGAAGCCAGAUGCUGUGUGUGCCCACGGGCUGUGCUGUGAAGACUGCCAGCUGAAGCCAGCAGGGACGGCAUGCAGGGACCCCAGCAACUCCUGUGACCUCCCGGAGUUCUGCUCGGGGGCCAGCCCCCACUGCCCAGCCAACGUGUAUCUGCACGACGGGCACCCGUGUCAGGGCGUGGAUGGUUACUGCUUCAACGGCAUCUGUCAGACCCACGAGCAACAGUGUGUCACGCUCUGGGGACCAGGUGCUAAACCUGCUCCUGGGAUCUGCUUUGAGAGAGUCAAUUCCGCAGGUGACCCUUAUGGCAACUGCGGCAAAGACUCCAAGAGUUCCUUCGCCAAAUGUGAGAUGAGAGAUGCGAAAUGUGGAAAAAUCCAGUGUCAAGGAGGAGCCAGCCGGCCAGUCAUUGGUACCAAUGCCGUUUCCAUAGAAACGAAUAUCCCACUGCAGGAAGGAGGUCGUAUUCUGUGCCGUGGGACCCACGUGUACUUGGGCGAUGACAUGCCAGACCCCGGGCUCGUCCUUGCCGGCACAAAGUGUGCGGAUGGAAAAAUAUGCCUCAAUCGUCGGUGUCAAAAUAUCAGUGUCUUUGGUGUUCAUGAGUGUGCAAUGCAGUGUCACAGCAGAGGGGUGUGUAACAACAGGAAGAACUGCCACUGCGAGGCCCACUGGGCACCCCCCUUCUGUGACAAGUUUGGCUUCGGAGGAAGUACAGACAGCGGCCCCAUCCGGCAAGCAGAUAACCAAGGUUUAACUAUAGGAAUCCUGGUGACCAUCCUGUGUCUUCUCGCUGCUGGAUUUGUGGUUUAUCUCAAAAGGAAGACAUUGAUACGACUGCUGUUUACAGAUAAAAAAACAGCCAUUGAAAAGCUAAGAUGUGUGCACCCUUCCCGGCCAUCCGGCGGCUCCCAGCCUGGCCAGGCUCACCUCACCCACCUCAGCAAAGGCCUGAUGAGGAAGACGCCACAUUCCAGCACGCCCAAGGAUAAUCCCAAGAGACUGCCGCAGUGUCAGAAUGUGGACAUCAGCCAGCCCCUCAAAGCCCUUGACCUCCCUCAGCCCAGUUGGCCUCAGCGAGUGCUCCCGCCCGUCCACCAGGCUCAUCGGGCACCCAGCGUCCCUGCCAGACCUCUGCCAGCCAACCCUGCACUUAGGCAGCCCCAGGGAACUCGUAAGCCGAACCCUCCUCAGAAGCCUCUGCCUGCGGACCCUUUGAGCAAGACGACCCGGCCCGCCAAUGCCUCAGCCAGGACCCUGGGACCGCAGGAGUCUGGGCUCUGCCUGGCGCCCAUCAGACCAGCUCCUAAACGUCCACACCAAGUGCCCAGACCCACCCAUACCGCCUACACCAAGUGAGAAGAAGCAAGCCAACACUUUUUCAACAGUGAAGACAGAAGUUUGCACUAUCUUUCAACUCCAGUUGGAGUUAUUGAUUUUUGUACCAACUUUUAGAAUUUUUUUAAUGUUUAAAACACCAUUACUUUAAGAACUUCGAGCUACUGCCGUCGGUGCUGUGCUGUGCUAUGGUGCUCUGUAUACUUGCUCAGGUACUUGUAAAUUAUUAAUUUAUGCAGAAUGCUUGCUACAGUGCAGUGCGCUGUAGGAAGCGGUUUUUUUUUUUACCAUCACUGAGUUUUCCAUGGAAGGAAGGCUUCUUGUGCUUUUCAUAGUUUAGUGAACUUGAAAUAUCAUGCUUUCUGGGAUUCUGGACAGGAUGUUUACUUUCUGAUCAAGGCUUUAUGGGAGAGCAACCCCCCAGCUACCCAAAGCUGUGGUUAUGGUACCAGACACAGCUCAAGAGACCCCAGGUAGAACCCUGAGUGAUUUUCUGGAACCCCUCAUCUUAGGCCGGGGGCUUCAGGUCCAGGCUGUGCUUGGUUUUCAGGGAGCCCCUGGGCCCCGUCGUAGCUGACAGGCUGGCCCACCAGGGGCUACUCCUUGAAGCUCCAGGAUAGCGGGUAAGGAUGUGGCUUCCGGUGGGGACGCUUUGGAGAGACGCUGGGUUUCAGAGAGGAAUUUUCAGGUGCGGCUAGGCUACCCCAGGAUAGAGGCUGGAACACAAGGCCAGACAGAAACUUGACCUUGAGCUCCCUGGCCACGAGCAUAUUUGGAGAGCAGCCAAAACAGCCUGCUUGAUAGAAACACCAAAUCCAUCUUUUCCUGGCUGCCCUUUACAGAGUGCUGGCAUCAGCACCUGACUUGGAUUGGGAAAUGUGGUGUUUCUAUAAGGAGCUACUGCCCGGGCACUGCAAGCCUCCAUCUCCCUGUCCUGUUUGGCGCUAAGCAAAUUACCACCUUGUCUUCUCCACUGUAACACAAUGAUUCUCUGUUCAGACAGACAGAUGAGGCUUUUUGUGGGACCAUAACUGUUUUCAGAUGUGAACCAGUAACCAGAUCUAGUGAAUCAACUCUGUAGAUAAAAAGCUCCCUUUACGGCAAGAUUCAACUUAUUCAAAAUUAGGCAGAAUCCCUAUGCUUGCAAAAACUACAGCCCAAUGGACGCUGUGCUCACUGGUAUCAGCUAUGUCUGCUGUCCUUGUUAGUACAUAUUAGACAAAGGACCAUAGGUUACUAGUAAAUUCUUUUGGGGGUAUCCUAUUUUCCCCAGUUGGCUGCAGGAAUUUUUAAAAGGUGUUUUUAGCAUAAAGUCGGAAUCUAUUAAAAACUUGCAACCUACCUGUUGAGCAUCACAGACUGUGAUAAGGAAAUCAAUUUCCCAAUCCUAAAUAUUCACAAAAUGCAGUCUUGGGUAGCAUCCCCGACAACCUUUUACCCUCCAGAUGUCUGACUUGGGGAGCCAUUUUCAGGAGGAGAGCUUGAAGAUGCCUGUAUCUAAUGGCACGAAAGCUACAAAACACCCAGACAAGGGAAAAUGCCAUUAUGCCUCCAUCUUCCUAGUGGGUCUCACAUGUGACUAGUUUUUAUAUUAUCAUAAAACAGAGUGAAUUAUGGAACUAAAGACUUCAUUGGGGUCAAUUUCAAUGGUUUUUCUAUGACUUGAAGUAGAAAGACAAAACGUACCAAGAACCUUGGUAUGCCUUCCUGAAAACAAGACUGCAUUUUAACUGUCCCGGUGUGUCCCCAGCAUAUCUAGGCAAAAUGGUAUUCAUGAUCCUGGGUAAACUAAAUAAGUCCCUGUCCCAAACACACACAAAAGGGAAUCCAACUCUGAUACAUUCCAACUCCUGUAGCAUGUUUCUGUUUAUUAUACAAUUAUUAAUUUCUUAAAAAUGUAAAGUCAUGUUAGAAAAUAUUACUGCUGAUGAGCACAUACAGAAUUACUGUGAUUGCUAUUACAUGUGGUAAUUGUAUUAAGGCCAAAACAUAUACUAUUGAAGUUUACAGAAUUUUUAUGGUGCAUUACGUGGGUAUUGUCUUUAUAGAUGUCCAACUCCUUACAUCUGGCAUUUUAGCCCCUCCUCCUAAUGCGAGGGAGAGGAUGUGAACUUUUUUUUUUCUUGUCUGUCCUUCGCUAUAAUUCCUGUGCUUCUAUUUCAGAGAACCAGGAAUCGUUUGCUAUUAAAGGAGGUUAACGCUGUGAUCUUAACACCAUGUCAUCAGUGGUCACUUACUGGCUGCCGCUGAUGAUACUUGUACAUUCUUAUCUCUGCAGUACUAAUUGUUUUUAUAGAGCCAUGCAAUUUAUUUCUGGAUAAGAACAUAUUUAAAUCUAAUGUCCCCUUACAAUAGACAGAUAAUAUCAAAGGAAUACUACUUCCACGGUGCAGUAUUUAUCAAAUGAGACAUAUUUAGCAAUAACUUCCAUUUUAAUAUCACUUAGGAAAGGACGCAAUAGCCAGGUUUUUUGCGGGGAGGAGGUAUUCCUCCCUCUUUUUAUAUCCUCAUAGAUGAUGGAAACAAAAAUCCAUACUGAUAUGUCAAUGGCUGCCUAUUUUGAAUAUUGUUAAAAAUUUUAUAGGCAUGAAUAAUAGAGUUGAUUUGCGUUUACAAGGCCGUCACUGAGAAAGUCAAUGUGCCUAGACACACAGUAGGUCCUGAGGGUCAUCACUUUUCUUCAUCUUAUUAUGGUUGUGAGGUCUAUGACCCCACUUUACUGGGAAGUAUACUGCUAAUCUCCCAGGCAUUCUAUUUAAAACUUUAUCUCCUGAAAUUUUUUUUGUAACAGUUUGUUUCCCUGACACAUGGAAUCAGAUGUGUAGCAACCGAAAGAAACAAUGCAUAACAUUUUCCAUUGUCAAAAUAUGCACACAGAGGUUACGCUUCCCCGUGGGAAUUUUUCCAGCUCACACAUGUGGGAUGACAUCACAGAACCACAAAAGCAACAAAUUAAACUACAUGAGAAUAAAUACUCCUGACUAGUCUCAGAGGGGACAUUUUUAUGCCUUCUUAACUUUAUGAGGAAUUCUCAGGCUGAAACCAGAGGCUAUUGUUCUCUGGCAAAUCAAUACAGUACAUCAAUGUAUCCCCGAGAAGAAAAUCAGCUAAAACUCUGAGCGGUGUCAGACUGUUAGGAGCCUGUGAUCUCCCAUGGUGCUAGCGAGAGCCCACUGCUGGGCCAGAUAGAAUGCCCCAGCAUCUGUGCCACCUCGCGACUGAUGUUUACUGAGCACGCUGAGCCAACGAGACCUGACAACUGCACAGGCAUGGCGCCUGGGCAGCCGGGCUGGGUCUCUCUCAUGCAGCCUCGCCCUGUGCAGACUUUCCUCACGAGGCUUAUUUCAUGUAAAACUGUUGCUAUGGAGUCUCACCUGGUGUUCUGAGAGCAGGAAGCCCAGGGCACACGUGGUCGGGAGGUCCUUCCUCACUGCUGUCACACGACCCCAGCCAAACACAAGUGACACAGAUAAACAUUACACCAACCCUCCCAGAAGUCUCCCAGUGCUGACACUGACCCCCAGGCGUGACUCUCAGGCUGUGGCUUCCACACACUAUGGGUGACAUCGCAGUGGGCGACACUGCAGGUACCAUCUUGUGUCCUCCUCACCGCCUCAGAGGCCAGCCCUGCACUCCCACACUUACUUCCCGUGACUCAUGAGCAGGCCCAUAACCCCAUCCGGACAUGGAGCCAAGGCUAACACACAUCUCUCUGCCUGUCCCUGUCACCUGUGCACAAGUCCCUUUCCCACGUCAGACCCUGUGCUGAUGCCUCUCCAAUCUCGGAUGAAUCUGUGUUCAUAGCUCCUUUGGGUCAGCCAAAGUGGUGACUGCUGCAGCGUGUGGCUGCCCCAAGUCCACCCCUUGCCCACCCAAAGCCCAGCCUUCUCCAGGGCUGCAGCUCGGAGCCACCCCACCAGUUACCCCACCCGCCUCGAACCCAGCAGAGCCCCUCCCAGAGGCACAUCACCCCAUAGUGACCUCCGGCCUAAAGACUUAUUCUAAUUGCAAGGGGGAGCGGGCCAUAGAAAAUCAGUGUACCUGUAGCCGCAAAAUCCUCCGGCCUUACCCUAUGGUUCCCAUUGGCAUCUAUUUCUUUUAAGCCAAUCUGAAAACUCUGAUAGUGAUAUAAGUAACACAUUAAGACAGACUGGUGAGCCUCAGGCUGAGGGUGCUCCCAGAAGCCACUCACCUACUGAAGGAGCUGUUUCCCGCCUUUCAUCAAGAAGACCCCCUCUUUACUUUGGGGACAGCAGGGGCCUUACAGUCCAGCCAUUCAGAACCUGUUUCCUGUGAGAGAAGCUAGAAAGAACACUUGUGUAAAAUUGUUAUAAUGUUCAAGUCAUAGCCGGAAGAUUUAACACAAUUAAAGGAAUCCUCAGUGUGAUUCCACUCUUCCAGGUUGAACGCUCUAUAACCAACCUGAUUUCCCAUCUUCAAAAGCCAUGCCCUAUAUCCGCCCUGUGCUUCUCCUUCCAUAAAAAAAAAUCUCUUAGUCCUCAAUUUAGCACAUUUACAUCCAGACAAAAGAAUACAUAUCAUGUGAUCAUGUUUAGUUUUACAAAGAAGUGGAAUGACCUCUGUGUCCAUGGCCUAUAAGCAGUGAUAGAAAAAAAUACAUCAGAUUAGUAAGACAGAAAAAUCCUCGAAGCGUCCCAGGCAGGACGAGUCAUGGCAGCGCUAACGUUCUCUUAUACCUUCGGAGGCUGGAGGGAAGGGCCAUUGUUGGAAUGUGUGUGGCAACAUAACUCUUUAACACUUGGCUACAGGCCACUCAGCACAGUGCAAACUUAUAGCUACUAAACCAGUACAUUAACUUUAUAGUGCUUCAUCCAUUUAUAAUGCUUUGGUUUGCUAAUUUUUUUUCCACAUACCUUUUUAUGUUACAGUCCAUUACUUUUGUACACAUUUCUCAUAUUGGGGGUUCUCCAGGUAACACAACCUGCUAUUUCCGUAGAAAAGUCAUUGUUAAGCAUAUUAUAUCCAAUAAAUGCUAUACAGGUAAAUAUAAA